GGGAGGAGGCCGGCGCGCUGCGGGCUCCGCGGCCGGCCCAUGUGGGGCGGGGGCCGGCGGCAGGGCCGGGGGCCACAGCCGGCGCCGAGGGCGGCCGACCACGACCUGCCCGGCCGGCUGCCCCCCUGCCCUGCCUCGCCCAUCAGCCCCGGCCAGCGGGGAGGGAUGCGCCGUGCCGCCCAGCUCCUCUCCGCCCUGCCCAUGCCCUGAAAGCAGAAAGUUUGGGGGUCGGGGCUGCCUUCCUCCUCCCCUGCAAUGACUGCCUAAAGGACUCCUGCUGCCCAGCCUCGACUGUGACCCGUCUUCGCUCCCCAGGUCGGAAUGAACUAUUCCAAGGCUCCCCCUCUCCGCCCCUCCCUCAUCCUCCUUUAAAAAAAUUAUUUUUUUAAAAUUCAAGAAAUCGUGAUCUGUCCACUCCCCCCGCCCCCCGUUGAUAAUUUAGACCCCAGGCCUCAUAUCUUGAGUACUAGAAGGGGGUGCGGUCUCUCCCCAAGGCGGCGCGCUGGAAGGACAGAUUCCCCUUGCCGACCCACAUACAUCAUGAAGAGGUGCAAAUCGGACGAACUGCAGCAACAGCAGGGCGAGGAGGAUGGAGCUGGGCUGGAAGAUGCGGCUUGCCACCUGCCGGGCGCAGACCUCCGGCCUGGGGAAGCCUCGGGUGCUAACUCCGCUGGCGGGCCAACUUCAGACACGGGCGCUGCGGCGGUACCCAACCCAGGUCCCCGAAGCAAGCCUCCCGAUUUAAAGAAAAUUCAGCAGCUCUCAGAGGGCUCCAUGUUUGGCCACGGCCUGAAGCACCUGUUCCACAGCCGCCGCAGGUCGCGGGAGAGGGAGCACCAGGUGUCUCAGGAUUCCCAGCAGCAGCAGCAGCAGCAGCAACAGGGCAUGUCUGACCAUGACUCCCCAGAUGAGAAGGAGCGCUCUCCCGAGAUGCACCGCGUUUCCUAUGCCAUGUCUCUGCAUGACCUGCCUGCGCGGCCCACCGCCUUCAACCGGGUGCUGCAGCAGAUCCGCUCCCGGCCCUCCAUCAAGCGGGGCGCCAGCCUGCACAGCAGCAGUGGGGGUGGCAGUAGCAGUGGCAGCAGCCGUCGCACCAAGAGCAGCUCCCUGGAGCCCCAGCGUGGCAGCCCCCACCUGCUGCGCAAGGCCCCCCAGGACAGCAGCCUGGCCGCCAUCCUGCACCAGCACCAGUGCCGGCCACGCUCCUCUUCCACCACAGACACUGCCCUGCUGCUGGCCGAUGGUGGCAGUGUGUACCUCCUGGCUGAGGAGGCCGAGGGCAUCGGGGACAAGGGUGACAAGGGAGACCUCGUGGCCCUAAGCCUCCCCUCCGGCCCCGGCCAUGGUGACACUGAUGGCCCCAUCAGCCUGGAUGUGCCUGAAGGGGUACCGGACCCCCAGCGGAUGAAGGCUGCCAUUGACCACCUACACCAGAAGAUCCUGAAGAUCACAGAGCAGAUCAAGAUCGAACAGGAGGCACGGGACGACAACGUGGCAGAGUACCUGAAGCUGGCCAACAAUGCAGACAAGCAGCAGGUGUCACGCAUCAAGCAGGUGUUUGAGAAGAAGAACCAGAAGUCGGCCCAGACCAUCGCCCAGCUGCACAAGAAGCUGGAGCACUACCGCCGGCGCCUGAAGGAGAUCGAGCAGAACGGGCCCUCGCGGCAGCCCAAGGACGUGCUGCGGGACAUGCAGCAGGGGCUGAAGGAUGUGGGCGCCAACAUGCGUGCAGGCAUCAGUGGCUUUGGGGGUGGUGUGGUGGAAGGUGUCAAGGGCAGCCUCUCUGGCCUCUCCCAGGCCACCCACACCGCCGUGGUAUCCAAGCCCCGGGAGUUUGCCAGCCUCAUUCGCAAUAAGUUUGGUAGCGCAGACAACAUCGCCCACUUAAAGGACCCUCUGGAAGAUGGGCCCCCAGAGGAGGCAGCUAGGGCACUGAGUGGCAGUGCCACACUAGUGUCCAGUCCCAAGUAUGGCAGUGAUGACGAAUGUUCCAGUGCCAGCGCCAGCUCAGCCGGGGCAGGCAGCAACUCUGGGGCUGGGCCUGGGGUUGCACUGGGAAGCCCCAAGUCCAACACACUGUAUGGCGCCCCUGGAAACCUGGACACUCUGCUGGAGGAGCUGCGGGAGAUCAAAGAGGGCCAGUCACACCUUGAGGACUCCAUGGAGGACCUAAAGACUCAGCUGCAGAGGGACUACACCUACAUGACCCAGUGCCUGCAAGAGGAGCGCUACAGGUAUGAGCGGCUGGAGGAGCAACUCAACGACCUGACCGAGCUUCAUCAGAACGAGAUGACCAACCUAAAGCAGGAGCUGGCCAGCAUGGAGGAGAAGGUGGCCUACCAGUCCUACGAGAGGGCGCGAGACACUCAGGAGGCCGUGGAGUCCUGCCUGACGCGCGUCACCAAGCUAGAGCUACAGCAGCAACAGCAGCAGGUGGUGCAGCUGGAAGGCGUGGAGAAUGCCAACGCACGGGCACUGCUGGGCAAGUUCAUCAACGUGAUCCUGGCACUCAUGGCCGUGCUCCUGGUGUUUGUGUCCACCAUCGCCAACUUCAUCACACCCCUCAUGAAGACACGCCUGCGCAUCACCAGCACCACCCUCCUGGUCCUCGUCCUCUUCCUCCUCUGGAAGCACUGGGACUCCCUCACCUACCUCCUGGAGCACGUGUUGCUGCCCAGCUGAGCGGUCAGCCCACCCCUACCCUGUGUUCUCCAGCCCCCUGCUGGCCGUACUUCCCCAGGAAGGACCCUGCGAGUCCCUUGGAUUUGCGUUGUGUGUUGGGUUUGGUCUCCUGCCCAAACUGUCCAUUCAGGAGCUCCUUCCCCUUCUCUGUACUUGCUUAUGUCUGACACCUCCUCCCUGUUGGCCUGCGGGAGCAGCCCUGGCUGGAGAUAGAGGGGAUACCUCGGCCAAAUGGAGCAGAGGAGGACAUCGAGGCUGGAUUGUUUUUAUUAUGUAUAGGACUUCGGUUAGCUGACCUUUGGAUAUCCCAGUCGGGAAGGCCACUAAGACAGGAGAAGGCCAGGGCUCUGCCUCAAAUUCACUAGAGAAGAACCCACCAUGGAGGCAGCCACAGUCCCCUCAGUGGAGAUGGUCAGGAUGAAGGGUAGGGAGGGAGAAGGCUGUGCUGGCCUCAGAGAGCACAGGAUGGAGACAGUCCAGCCUUCGGGCCACCUCCAGGGCCAGCAAGCAGGCAUGGAACAGCCACUGGGAGCUCAGCCCACCCCUUACCCCUCUUGCCAGAGCUGGUUUGAGGCUUGGUUUCUGGGUCUGGGCCCUUCUGUCACUUGAAGGAUGCAGGCUCUGGAGGCCAGGUGAAAUGUGGCUUUGAACUUGAGUUCCCUGAGCAUCUUUCUGCCUGUUACUGGAUUUGCUAUUCAGGGAAAUAGACCCCAGGAGCUCCAAGCCUUGGUCCAAGCCCUUAGGCCUCUGGGAGCACGUUGUUGAAUCUAUAUUUAUUUAUUUAUUUGUUCCUUCCCACCUUACCCUCGCAUCUUCCCUGCUGGGCUCCAGGGAGAGGACCCAUCCAUCCUCCCUCUGAAGCCAGGGCUUAUUCUUACUCAUCACACUUCAAUACCAUGUAGCCUCUGGAUAAUCCCAGCUAGAGAGUGGGGUGAAGCCCCAUAGCUGGGUAGGAAGAAUGUGGCCUCUCUUUUAUAUGUCUUAUUUAUUUUAUAUGUGUGUAUUUGUGGGGAAGAGGUUGUUGCUUUAUUUUUUUAAGGCUCUAGAGUGUUGUGUAUGGUUUCUCUUCAUAUCCCAGCCUCCCCAUGGGCACUUCCAAGCACAGAGGAGACUUUUCCAGAAUAGGAGGGGGCGGAAAUCCCCUCGCACAGGGAAAGUGGUGUCUGCCAGCUGUUGUGGACCUUCCCGAGAAAUAAAUAUCCUCUAAAUUUUCAAACCAUCCUGUCUGGUGUUGGCUGAUUAGGUUGUCUCUGUGAUUCUACCAGGUGUUUCCCCAUACCUUAGCAUUCUGGGUAGCAUAGGCUGGGCCUUGCUUGCUGGCCUGAGGCCUUCUUCCCCCCAGGAUGGUGCUGACAUUUGAACAAUACACCAUCACCCUUCUCUCCUUGCUGUGUGCAAGCAACACUCUGGUCUAUGAUAUGACACCUCCCAAU